ACCACCUGAGAACCUCCUGGACCUCCUCAGGACCUCCUGGACCUCCUGAGAACCUCCUGGACCACCUGAGAACCUCCUGGACCACCUGAGAACCUCCCGAACCACCCCCACCAUGUCCUCCACCCUGAUCCUCACCGUCUACAUCCUCACCUUCACCAUCGGCUUCCCGGCCAACAUCUUCACCUUGACCGUCCUGGCCACCAAAUGCGGCCGCUCCAACCCGUCCUUGACCUCCUGCGACCUCCUGCUCCUCAACCUGACCUUCUCCGACCUCCUCCUCCUCCUCUUCCUCCCUCUCAAGAUGGCCGAGGCGGCGGCCGGGAUGGUUUGGCCGUUGCCGGCCGUUUGGUGUCCGGUGGUGAAUUUCUGUUUCUACUCCAGCAUGUAUCUGAGCGGGCUUUUCCUGGCGGCCCUGAGCCUCAGGAGAUACCUGGGCGUGGUGGCCCCCGUCCGCUUCAGGGAGCGCAGGAGACCCGGACGGGUCCUGGCGGUCAGCGGGGUCAUCUGGUUGGUGGCCUGCGGUCACUGCUCCGUCGUCUUCGUGGCCGAGUUGGGUGGGAGAGGAGAAGGUGACGGUGGUGACGUUGGUGGCGUCGGUGACGUUGGUGGCGUUGGUGGCCCCAAGGUUGACCCCGUUGACCCCAAGACCUUCAACCCUCUUGACCCCAAGUUUGACCCCAAGGUUGACCCCAAGGUUGACCCCAUUGGCCACUUUGACCCCAAGGUUGACCCCAAGGUUGACCCCAUUGACCCCAAGGUUGACCCCAAGGUUGUCCCCGUUGACCCCAAGGUUGACCCCAAGACCUUCAACCCUCUUGACCCCAAGGUUGACCCCAUUGACCCCAAGGUUGACCCCAUUGACCACUUUGACCUCAUUGACCCCAAGGUUGACCCCAAGACCUUCAACCUCAAAUUCUCCAACCCCAGUGACCCCAGCUACGACGACUUCUCCCCCUCCCAGCUCCGCUUCGUCCUCCCCUUGCGCCUCGAGUUCUUCUUCGUCCUCUUCCUCGCCCCCUUCUCCCUCACCCUCUUCUGCUCGGCCGCCUUCGCCCGCGCCCUCCUGGCGCGCCCGGCGCUGCCGGCGCCCAAACGCCGCCGCGCCGUGGGGCUGGCGGUGGCCAGCGCCGUCAUCUUCGGCGUUUGCUUCGCCCCCUACAACGUCUCGCACGUGGUGGGGUUCUGGCAGGGCCGCAGCCCCGGCUGGCGCGUCUACGCCACCCUCCUGAGCGGCCUCAACGCCGCCCUGGACCCGCUGGUGUUUUAUUGCUCCUCGGGGAGGGUGAGGAGGGCGCUGGGAGGGGUGGGGAGGUGGAUGAGGAGGCGGUGGGAGGGUUAG